UCACUGUACUGUCCAAUCACGGAUUACGUUGCUUUGUUGUCGUACGUGAGCUGACGGCGGAACUGAACAAUCGUGAGAGAGGCUAUCUGCUAGAAACCUACAUAACAAGAUGGAGGUGGAGCAGCUCCUGUCUCUGUCAGGCCCAGCGCUGGCCCAGGCUGUCAGCUCUCUACUGGAGACCCCAGGACUCUAUGUCUUCUCCGACAUCCUGGAGCUACCAAAUGUCAGAGAGCUGGAGAACGGCCCACACGCACCUGUGUACCAGCUCCUCAACCUCUUUGCCUAUGGAACCUACUGCGACUACAAAGAGAGAGCCGCCUCUCUUCCAGAGUUGACCCCCGCACAAAGAAACAAACUGCGCCAUCUGUCCAUCAUCAGCCUGGCAUCUAACCUCAAGUGCCUGCCAUACUCACUGCUCCUACAGCAGCUCGAGCUGAAGAAUGUGCGGGAACUGGAGGACCUGCUGAUCGACGCCGUUUACUGCGAUAUCAUCCAGGGAAAACUGGACCAGAGGAACCAGCAGGUGGAGGUGGACUGCAGUGUGGGUCGUGACCUUGGCCCCAACGAGCUCCCAAACAUAGUCAACACACUUCAGGAAUGGUGUACAGGCUGUGAGGCAGUUCUGUGUGGGAUUGAGGAGCAGGUCUCGAGGGCAAACCAGUACAGAGAGAGCCAGUUAAAAGUCAAAGUCCAAGUGGAAACAGAGGUCUCAAACCUACAGAAAACGUUAAAGGCCAGCGCCGCCUCUCCGUCGUCAGGCCCCGCCCCUGCUGGAGCUGCCUCCAAUCAGGACGCAGACCAGCCUGCAGAACCCAGAGACCCCGCCUCUUCUCAGGAACCACGACAACCAGGCAAAAAAAGUUCAAAGGUGAAAGGGCUGCGUGGCAGUGGAAAGAUCUGGUCCAAGUCCAACUAAAGAAAAAGGAGAGUGAGAUGUGGACAGCGGCACUGAUGGACACUCUGGCAGAUUAUUGGACACAUGAACACAUUGACGGACAAACGGAUACAUUAAACAAUGUGACCAAUGUUCAAGGACACCUUUGUCUCACACACACAAAAGCACACACACAUUCUCUUCACAAUAAAACCAGGAAGCUUAAUGGGAACUGUUUUUUUCUCACCAAAUCUCACCUGGACCGAUUCAGAAACACACACAGGUGUUACAUCCACUCUUGUAGUUCUUAAUAACCUAUCAGGCAGACCACAAGUGUAGACACACACACACACACACACACACACACACACGCACACACCACUUCUAUCACAUCAAGAUCAAACAGUCUGCAGCAGGAGUCGGUUGCCUUUGACCAGAAACAGGAUCGGUGUAUUUGACGCAGAUGUGUGUAUCUAUUGGUUUAAAACUGUUCUUUUGCUUUAGAUUAAUGUUUCUUUGUAUUUUUUCUCUCUGCUGAGUUGAGACAUGUAAAAAAAAAAAAAAACAGAAUAUAAAUUGUCGGGAAAUAAAAGGAAGCCCUGUACUUCUCCUGACUGGCUCAUUAA